GCUUGAGAUAAUAGUUGGUUGGAAUGGAUGUUCAAGGAACCUUACGAUCGUUUGGUGGUGAGUUUUCUUACCCCCAAUACAUAAGUUUUUGUCACAUCUAAGUUCUUUGCACACCCCCAGCCUCAAGUAAAUUAAUUAUUAACUCAAAACUGUAACUGAAAUUUAAUCACAGGUACCGCAAGCUCACGAGUGAGGAUCAGUGAUUCAGCGAUUCUCACUAAUUGUGAGCUUGGGAUACCUGUGCUUUAUUUAGCGAAUGGCUCAGACAGUCAAUUCCAAGGGUGCCCAUCUCCCCAGGUAUUUGUCGGGAGGUGAGGACAAAACAUGGACCCUCAUUUUGGACCGGUCCAUGGAACACUUAUCUGGACCAUCCAUGGACCCCAUGUAAUGGACCGGGUCCAUGGACACUUUUUGUUUAAGAACGGGUUUAAAGUAGAAAUGAUCGACAAACAUUAUGGCCAGCUUCAAGCUACAAAAAUAGCACAAAAAUAAGGUUUGGAGGUGUUGAUAAUUGAUAUUUACACCUGCUUACGUGAUAUACAAAAAGCUAAAGAUGUAUGCUUACAGCCUGGCUGUAUGACUCUAAUGGUAAGUGUUUGCUCAGCUUUGUGGAUAUAUUUUUCUUUUUGCUGUUGUCUUUUUUCCUUACACAGUCAAAUUGUCUUUCGUUCUGGAUCAUUUUGUUACCUGAGAAAUAGCUUCUGCAGCAUGAAGAAAUUUCCCCGUGUGUGACAGUAGAUACAUAAACACACUGUCGACAAAAUAAAUACAGCUGUAAUAAACCAGAUACAGGGCUCAAAAUAACUUUUUGACAGUGGCCGCCCAACAAAUUUUUGCUCUGUCAUCUCUGGAUCGGUGAAAUCAAUAAUAAAAUUGUUUUAUAUAGUAAUACCCAAUUAAGACAAAAAUAUUGUGUACACAUUUAACCUAGGCUGAUCCCAGAUUUUACCUAUAAAAUAUACACCAUGUACAUUUAUUAUUCUAGUUAUUUAUUUGAAAGCCGUUCAACUAUAAAACUAAAUAUAACAUUGUUGGAUGCUGUUUACAUGUAUUUGCACCAUGUUCAUUGUUCAUUUCUCCUUCUUUAAUUUUUUUUUUGAGGGGGACAUGGAUCCAGUCCAUUACAGGGGGACCAUGGGCCAGGUCCAUAUAAGUGGUCCAUGGACCCACUCCAAAAUGGAGGAUCCAUGGACCCGGGGCCAUGUUUUGUCCUCACCCUUUGUCAGGCAUUGAAAAAGCUGCAAAUGCCCCACAGUAGGGCUUAAAUACAGUAGAACCCCAGUAACUGGCAAACUCUGAAGGGAAGCGAUAAACAGUUUGAGUUAUUGAGGGUUCGAGUUAACAGGGUCGAUUGCAGAAUUCAAUUUGCCUUAUUAAAAAAUGUUAGUUACUGAUUUUUCAGCACUUCAGUGUACAGUGCAGUACAAGUUUAACUUACUUCAUCAGGAACAGUAACAUCGAUCGAUCGAUCGAAAAAUAUGAUCACCAAACCAUCAGUUAUCUCUGAGGAAAAGCACAGGAAAAAAUAGCAGAUUCUCAUUUUUGGAUAUUUUAGGGUAUUUAAAGAAUACCCACCAAAAUCCCAAAUUUGGAAGAGUAAGACAAGUCCCAAUCAGGGAACUUGGUUGGGAAUUCCCUGGUUGGGACUUGUCUCACUUUGCCUAAUUUGGGAUUUUUAUGGGUAUUCUUUAAAUACCCUAAAAUAUCCAAAAAUGGGAAUCCGUUAUUUUUUCCUGUGAAGAAGCAUUUAUCCUCUGUCCUUGUCUCUAAUGGGUACCCCUAUUUGUUUGUAGCUAACAUUAUGAAAUCCAAGAAUCAGCAGGCAUCUAAAUGAAGAACCUACAACUUAAAUUAUAUCUACAGCAAAUGUGUAAAGUGUAAAUGUAUAUAAAUGUAAAUGCAAAUGUAAUGUGUAAAUGUAUGUAAAUAUCAUAUUAUCCACUCCCCUCAGGGCUUUUCAGGGAUAAUUUACAACACUGGUUGGGGACUUUGCCAGACUGCUUAAGGUGCAGUUCACAAGUAAUGAAGGAAUGAGUUUUGAUGCCCUCAUACAUGAGUGUGAAAGUGAGAUAGACCACUACACUGGGCACUACAUGCCCUACUCUUUAUGAAGAGUGUGUGGGUUCUUUAUCGUCCCACAGAUUUAUUACAUAUGCAAGGGCUUGUGAGACGGGGCCUACGAUUUAUCGUCCUUAUCUGAGAAGACUAGAAAGUCAAACCAUUCGCAGAUGUUAUUACAAAGGCAGCACUUUCUCCUCAGUUAUUUAAAGACCCUGGGGAUUGGUCCGGCCAGGGUUUGAACCUACAGCCUCCCACUCAGUAGACCAGAGCUUAUCUCAUUGAGCUAACCUGGUAGCGGUUCCACGAUACAUCAAAGGGUUAUCUGAACCACUUCAUUGUUGCCUACAACAGCAUGGCAUACGAUCUGUUUUGCAUCAGUCAAUUCCAGCAGCGGCCAGCCCCCUUCCUGGGCUGACCCCCCCAGCCCCUGGGCAUUAGCGUUUGUUUUUUGCCUUGGAUGGUAAAUUCCUGGGGGCAGGGACUCUUGAGCUGUCAAAUCCCCCGGGGUGGGGAUGAAAGAAAGGGCAAAUGCCCCGUCCUCUAUCAACACUGCAACAGUUUUCACUGAGCGCACAGUCGAGUAGUGCCAUUUUAGCGGAGCUCUGGCGCAAGAAGCGCGCCUGCGGAGCACCAUGGAUAAGUAAAUCUACCCAUCCCAGAAAAUUUGGUAAUCACGUGACCGUACACCACCCGCCUGUCCGUCCGCACCACAGGGCAACCCAUGUUCAAUCUCACGCUUUCUAGCUAGUUUGGGAGCACAGGAAGACUGAUAUUGCAGACAUAUUGUACAUCAAUGUUCUGAUCAAUUGACAGCUGUCAAAACAGGGUACCCGCUGACCAGUAUCACCUGACUGUAUUGCGGGCUCAGGUGUCAACCCAUCGAGGUCGAGUAUCCUUUUUGAAGUUAUCCGCUGACAAGUUACUAGUUUUCAAAUGAUCACAGGCUCAAGUUAAAUGUUUUUUAAUUCAUAUGAAGUAUGUUGUGUUUUAUAUGUGCCACACAAUUAAAAUUUUGAUUUCAAACUGACCUCAGAAGCUAAAAUCAGCCAGUUUUUACAGGCAGGGAAGACAUGCCUGUUGCUUUUGACUUUUGUCACUAAGGUCACGCGUUGGUCACGCUCUACGUCCAAUUUUUAUGCUCUGAUUGGUCAAAAUUUGACAGGUGAGUUCAUGCGGAAAAUUUAUGCAGCAUUUUGAAACUUGUUUACUUUGAUAGCUGAAGCUGACAGAGUUUUAUGUCAACUUGCGAUGUUUUUAACUGUCUUUUUUCACUGAAUGUACAAAAUGAAAUUCUGCUGCUAUCAAGAGUCUUCAGUUAUUCAUAGCUAGUUUGUUUAUUGGGUUUUUGGUCAAAGUCGGAAAUCUGAUUUCACAUGGCAUCGUUUUUGUUUUUCACCUUGCUUGAUGCAUAAGAGGGUUGAAAAGUCUGAAGCGAUCCUGGCCUUACUUGAUAGUUUUCAGUGCAUCUCGAAUGGUAAGCCUGAGUAAUUAUUGUAUUUGAUGUUUGUCUUUUAUAUCUAAUUUAAUAAAGUCGGGCGUAGUUUAUGCGACUAUUUAGUUUAUGCACGUUUGUAAGAUUUGAGACAAUAAUCUGACCGAGUAUCAGGUUUGAUUAUAUGCUUAUAGAACAAACAGAAAGAAAACGUUCCAAAGAAUAUUUAGCUAUAAUUCUGGCUUUAAAAGAAAGCUUUGAGCGAUUUUCUUGCCUCGAGUUCAUCUUUGAAAAAAGCAAACACCUGGAAGCAGGCUUAAAACAUAAACAAGGAUUUUCAGAGACACUUUAAUACUUGUCUUCAUGAAUGAAAAUUGUUGUCUCUGUAUAUGUUUCACCGAAUUGUUUUCUUUUUAUUGAUUGUUAGUAGUCUCUUUUGAAAUUUUAAUCGCUGUGCCGUUUGUUUCAGGCGCUCAUGAACAUCGCUUGCAGGAGUACUCAAAAUGCCACGCGUAUCAAACGAAGAGGAUUACACAUCGUUAUAAAACCAUUAAAUAAAAAAUAAACAUAAUAAAUUCUUUACCAUGUUGAAGCGUAUAACUCUAGAUAUUAAUCUUGAUUUAAACAGUCGACUUUGGCGCCUGCCAAAGGUGAGAACUGGCUAGCCGUAUAGGUGAUUUUGGAAUUGUUUUUAACGGUUUCGGUAAAGGCACACGGGUGCUUUGAUCGUCCUGAAUAUUGAAUGAGUGCAAUUGGUAUUGCAAAAUUGUGAAAUACUGCAUUCUGUCCGAGGUCUGUAUGAUAAAAACAGCACCUCACGGUACUGUUUCACCUCAGAUGUGAUGUAUAAAAGGUGGGUUUACCCGUCCCCAGACUUGUUGGCAAGAUUUUGUAAAGUAAAUUAUAAACUUGUCGAAUGCAAAAAAUUCGGCCUGAUUUGUUUUCCAAGAAUUUUUUUUCCAGGCCUAAUCUACUGUACAAAUUCGAGUUAAUAGGAGCUUCGCUUUUAGCCCUGGCUAAUCUAUAUAUUAAGCAUUUUAAUGGGCAAUUUUUUAUUUAAUAAUUUAUGUCUCCCUUUACAGUAGCGCUAUUCUAAUUAGGACUUCACACCACGACGACACCAGUUUAUGGUUUUUGUAUCGUUAUAAAAUUAUUGACAUUAAUAUUAAUAGUGUGCUGUAAUGCUAUCUGUUCUGAAAAGUUUUAUAAAUAUGAGAGGAUGUUCUUUAAAUAAUUUCAGCAGAAAUUUGAUUCAGUAACCAAAAAAUGUAGAUUCAUGUCAAAAGCUCCCAAUUUCGCUAUGUAAUUCUGGCUUGAUAAGCAGUGAAGAAACGCAUGCAUAAAAUGAUCGAGAAAAUGCCAUUACAACCCUUAACAGAUGGGCCAAUUUGCUUGUUUUUCCAGUAAAGUCCUCUGUGUAGUUAUAUUUGGAUAGGAAACCAUGUGUGUGUCAAAAGCUUGGGGGUGGCCCAGGGUUGGUAAAUGCCUGAUCUUCUGGCAGCGCAAAAUUUGCUACCCCACUCCCUGACUGACAAGGCAGGCAAAUGGGGGACUGGGCACAGCUACAAUUGACUGAUGCAUUAUAUAUUAAGCGUGAGACGCAUUGUUUCAUCACCAGAUGAAACACUGAGAAGAGAGUUGAAAAUACGUUGCGCAGUAGAGUAUUUUUGAUGAACUUCAAGGUGUUUCAUCUGGUGAUGAAACACUGUGUCAAAUGCUUGAUAUUACUUCUCAAACAAAUGAUUUUAGAAGGAGAAAUUAAGGAUGCAAAAAUGAGCAGCUUUUCAUCUGAUUUCUAAACACUCAUUAAACAUUAAUUUGCUUUGUAUUGUCUUUUAUGAAUUAUUAAUGAGUUUAGAAGUCCAAUACAACACUGAGAUCACACUUAGUGCAACCUAAUGAUGCUAUUAAUCCACAAAAACAAGAAGGAAUUGUGUAUAAGAUUCCUUGUGAAUGUGGCAAAGUAUACAUAAUUGGUGAAAUGGGAAGGUGCAUGUAUGAACAAAUUAAAGGGCAGUGUAGGGAUAUAUGGCUUUUACAAACUAAACUUCAGCCGUUUCUGAACAUACCAAAAAGUCUGGGCAUUAUCUGCUCUGGGAUGAGGUUAAGUUUAUAAUUUUAACUGAGAACCCCACUGGUACUCUCAGAGUUAAAGAGAGUAUUUACAUAAGACUUCACCGUUACAACAUCAACAGGAACGUGGAAUUCAGAUUCCCGAGGUGUGGAUACCUAUGAUAAGACAACAUGGCAACCAAUCACUACCACAAUGGACUGCUGAGGGAACCGUUUCCUCCUCUUAUAAUUCCAACAAUGCUUUGGAUCGAAACCCACCAACCAUGAGCAGGGUUCAUGAUACACCAAUCACUAACAUCCUUGGUGGUACAAAUACAGUGAUUCAGGACAUUCCCAAGUGUCCGCUUAAUAGAGGGUGUCCUCUUAAUAGAGGUUAUAAAAAUUGUGCAAUGUUUGUCACUGAUUAACUUUCAACGGUUACUCUGUACUGUCAUAAAGUUCCAUCUUGUUAAGGAAGCUGUGCUGUACUUUUGUGCAAAUCUUUCGGUCUAAUCUACAGUUUAUUGUCAGCUAAAUGUAUUCAUUUAUCUUUAUUAAUCGACUACAGUACAUAUUUCAAGGACAUGAUCCAAUACUACUAUUGUCAAUUCAGUCUGGUGUCCGCUCAAUAGAGGUUAUUAACAAUAGAAAUUAGCCAAAUAUACAAUUUAUAAAUUUUUAGUGUCUGCAUCUGUUUAAUAGAGGUGUCCACUCAAUAGGGGUUCGUUAUAAAGGGAAAUAUAAGACGUUAAUUUCGGGACCCGGCUUAGUGUCCACUUAAUAGAGGGUGUCCACUUAAUUGGGGGUCCGCUAAAUAGAGGUUUCACGGUAGUUCUACUAGGUAAAUCAAAACCCACCAACCGUGAGCGAGGUUUAUUAAAAACACCAAUCACUUACCACCACGGUCGUACAAAUAGUUCUACUCAGUAAAUCAACACAAUCACCUGAUGAAGACCUGCAGUGCGCAGUCAAAAUGUCGCGAUCAAUACUUAUGUGACAAUCAUGAUCUACAAGCAAAACCCUUCAUACAUAUUAUCCACGAUGAACAAUAUCUUUCAUGACUACAGUAACAUGAUUAGGUAUUUUUAUGAUAAAAUGUGAUGAUCUGGUCAUUCCAGAAAAAAUCCACCCCCCUCCCCCCGUAAUGUAAUCCCCUCGGGAUUUCUAAGUUUAAAGACCCCCCAUUAAAAAAUAUCGCAUCAAUUCUUUAUGUACAUAAAAGAUUUAAAAAAAAAACCCCUUAAAACAAAUUACCCCAAAAAAAAAAAUUUUUUAAUAAUAAAGUAACAUGGUUAAGAUUUUUUUAGAAAAAAAUGUAUGGUUUGGGCAUUCCCAAAAAAAACCCCCCCCCCCCCCCCCUAAUUUUAACCCCCCGGGGUUUUUAAAUUUUAAAACCCCCCCCCCCCCCCACCCAUCCGGAUUUCCGAUGUAGAAGAAUUCUUUUAGGCGCUUAGAUGAUCUUUUUAUUAAAUAAGCCUCAAUUUUCUGUGAAUAAUUCUGUGUUUGUUGUGAAAGUUAAGAUUACAGUUUCACAUCUUCUUAAACAGGCUUACACUUUUGGCAAAUUAGCUCACAUUUGAGUGAACUUCUCUCUCUCUUUCUAGACCAGGCAAAAUAUACAGCAAUAUAUACUACAAUAAAGCUCAAAACUAAAUUUGUACUCGAAUAAGAGGUUCUCUUCUUUGUCCAUAAAAAACCGCCAAACAAUCACACAAAACCAUGCUUACUUGUAAGGCAUGUUUAGUGGUAAACCACCCAGAAAAAACAUUGACCUUUUAAAAAUUUUUAAUUCAAGGUAAUCAUCAUUGUUUGCUUUACUUGAACUGAAUGUUUUUAUGAAUUAUGCGAUAUCUUCAAGUUAUCACAUGUCCCCUCUACAAAGUAAUGAAGGCGAUCCUAUGGAUGGAAACUUAAAAUAAAUGUGGUAAGAGGUCUGUAGUUUGAAAGAAUAAUAAAAUUUGAAAAUGCAAAGCAACAAAUUUGUUGAAAACUUAUCAAUUAAUGCGACUGAAACAUCAAUGAAAUCAAAAGUAACUCUUGAGGUUGUAUUUUUAGGUUCAGAGCCCCCCUCCCAUCUGGAUUUCCAGAGCGGUUGACCCCCCUCCCCCCCUUCCGUGAGAUUUUCCAGCUUGCCUUCCAUUGUGGGGGUGUGAAUUUUUUCUGGAACAACCCAUUGCACCAAUUAAAAGAAAAUUGAUGUAUUGUUGACCAGGGUGAGUUUUAGGGUUUUUAUCAAUAUACAGAUAGAAGAGCUAAUGGGAUGGCAUUUGAGUGGAGUUACAAGAACAAGAAUUCGAGUUAUUGGGGUAAAUUUCAGUGAAUUUAUGAUCAAGGGAAAUGAAAUUUAGUUUGAGUUAGUGGGGAAUUUGAGUUAUCCAAGUUCAAGUUAACCGAAUAAAAAUGACUGAAAAGUGGGGUGAAAUCCAAGGGAAAUUAGACUUAGUUCGAGUUAGCGGGGAGUUUGUGUUAUCUGAGUUUAAGUUAUCAGGGUUCUACUGUAGUGUGCAAAUGCCCCACCCCAGGACAACAACAAAAUUGCAUUUUCCAGUAAAAUACCGAUUUUUAUCAAUUGCCUACUUCAAGACCUUAUGGUUAGAAUUUGUGCUGCAUCUUUACCAGUGGCAUCUCUUUUUAAAAUUUGGAUGCCAUUGAUUAUGUUGCCAAAGCAAUUUUGUAAUUUUACUUGUAAAAUUGUAAAAUGACAAUGAAAUUUUACAUCCAAAAUAUUAAAAUGAUUUAUUUAUCACCUGCAACAUGUACUAAUUUUUUUUUCCUGUAUAUUAGAAAUGUGGUAUCAGAUUUUUCUUUGGUGUUUAGCGACGUCAGUAUUCAUCCACUGUAUUUCAGCAAGUGUUGCUUUUCUUGCAUUACGGAAGCAUUCUCGUGGAGUGUUCCUGCCUUUGCUAGUAAUCUUCAUUGGUUUUCUUUAUCCUGUGACUGGAGGUGUCAUCACCAGUGAGUAACUGUAUUUUAAGUAAAUUUCAAGUUAAGCCAUUAUAGAAGUGCUUGGAACUCAAAAAUUUUGUUAUGUUCAAUAAUUUGUUGAUGGCAGGCCUGCAAUCAACCACUUUUCAGCUGUAAAUGUAAAUCCUUGUGCUUGGACUUUCUCUUUGACAAAAAGCUCGUUAAUUUUCCUAAAAUUUACCUGCUUAAUUUGGAGACCAGUUUAUAUGGACAAUUAACACCUUUCUGUUUCCCAAGUCACAAACUUCCAUAUAUUGCCAACCCUGCCUUACGGACACUGGUUUUCUUAUCACAAUCAUGUGCUAGUUGUAGGUUUAUAUGCAUGGGGCUUGUCGUUAAUUAACUGUUGGGGGGGGGGAGCCAUCUUGCUGGGGGGUCAUUUUCAAAAUCUUGAUUGGUCUUGGGGGGUCAUUUUAAUAAAUUUUGUGAUAGUAGUUCAAAGUAGUAACAAGCGUGAAUUGAAAUUGAAUAUAACAGCCAUAAAAGUACCGACACACUGAUCUUAUAGACCUGACUGUAGAUUAAGUUUGUGGUGAACUUCAGCACAAUUUGUAGGUAGAAUGUUCAUAGUUUCCACAGCAACCAGGUGGUCAUGGGUGGUCAUAUUUAAAAAAGGAAGUAUAAAUUAGGGGAUCAGUUUGAAAAUCUACUUAACUUUCUCAAAAUGGCCGGUCCCCACUCACAGGUAAUAAACAAGCAGCCCCUAUGGUUCAAAAAGAGAGAGACAUGUUUGAUCUUGAUAAACCUGUCUUUCUUCCCAGUUCCAAAGUCAACACAGCUUACCUGUGUGUGUGGAGCACCAGAUACGUGUGAUGGGAGGAUGGAAGACGAAACUCUUCCGUCACACAUAUCUUGCCCUCCACACCUGCCUCGCCCGCCUGAAACAAGAAAAAAUAAAUAAUGAAAUGAUACGUCUGUACAUGCACUGCAAAAACUCAUUAAUAAUUCAUAAAGAAAAACAAAAGAUUGUUUAAUGAAUGUUUUUAUAUUUAAUAAGGACACGACUAAAGUUAACGUCCAAUUUUUUAGGCCAAAAUAAACCCAGAAAACUCGCAGUCGUGUAUUAUCAGGUGUAAAAACUUAGCCUGCGUGGCAGGCGCAAAAAAGAAAGGGGGAAGGGGGAGGGAGAAAGGGAAAAGGGAAGGGAGCCCUCCCCCUCCCCUUUUUCCCUUCCUCCCUAUCCCCUAUCCCCUACCCCUUUCGAUGCCUGCUAUGCAGGCUAUAAAAACUCUCAGCUUUGCCUCGAGUUUUUAAAUUACCUGAUAAUACACUCCUGCGAGUUUUUGAAACAUUACUGAUAACUUUGAGUUUUUGGCAGCUCCAUUUUUAACAUCACGACUGUUCAAUUACCAGAAUUUAAUACCAUCAACUGAUGAUACACAACUCAUUUUAACAUUAGGGCCAUUUAUAAGAGGAAAAAUAAGAAGCGUCUUAUGUAAGACGCGUCUUAUUUUUCCUCGUUUAAAUGGCCCUAAUGAUGACUACCGCACAGGUUUUUGAAAUGUCAGUAAAUGUCAACAACAGUCCUGCGCUCAAGCUACUUAAUGACUUAUAAAAUUUGUUUCUUUAUUUUUUCNGAGUUUUUGGCAGCUCCAUUUUUAACAUCACGACUGUUCAAUUACCAGAAUUUAAUACCAUCAACUGAUGAUACACAACUCAUUUUAACAUUAGGGCCAUUUAUAAGAGGAAAAAUAAGAAGCGUCUUAUGUAAGACGCGUCUUAUUUUUCCUCGUUUAAAUGGCCCUAAUGAUGACUACCGCACAGGUUUUUGAAAUGUCAGUAAAUGUCAACAACAGUCCUGCGCUCAAGCUACUUAAUGACUUAUAAAAUUUGUUUCUUUAUUUUUUCUGUAGGUGCUACUAUAGCAGCAGUUUAUCAAACAGCACAUUUCACUAUGCCACGAUAUGCCUCUUUCCUUUGGGGUGCUGGACAAGCUUUCAUAGGAUUUCUUGUGUCAUACACACGAGUGCUAGCAACAUUGUGAUCUUUCGAGAUCUUGUCAAUUUAUCUAAUUAUCCAGAAACUUACUUUUCCAGUCGUCUUGUCAAAGUCAUCCUACAUGACAAUAUACAGCUUAACUUCAGUCUGUGUGGCUUCAGAAGGUGAUGACUUAGAUUGCUGUUGGAUGUCAUGACUGACAAUCCAAUGUUUUUUCUCCUGCAGUAAGAAAGGAUGAGUGAGCCAUUUGUCCAAACAAUUUAAGCUCAAUGGUAGUGACAAAAACAGUAGGUUGCCUUUGUAAACUACAUUUUAAAUCUGUCACAGUUCAUUUCGCAACUUAUUGAAUUUUUUUUUAAUGAAAAUUGUAACAUCAUUCUAUUGGCUUUGUAGGGUAUAUUUAAUAGUUUCCUUUAUCAUGAUGUUUUUUCUUAAAAUUUUGUUGUUAAUAACAAAACAAUACUCACUUUUUUGGGAUACGACCUUUAUUCAAUAAACGUUAAAUUACUAUUGUUAUAUAUAGUACUGUCAGUUCCAAAUAACAGCUACGAGGUGUCCAACUCACG